AUGUGGCAAGAAGGUCAAGAAGAAAACGAAGAUUUGUUUGAUGAUAUAUCAGAAAAUUUUGUUUUAUGUGCUUUACAUCAAGCUAAAAUAUUACGUGAACGAUGGAAAUUUUGGUCUGGUUCAGUACCAGCUAAUAUUAGUGUUCGUUUACAUCGAUUGGAAUCACUUUUGUCAAUCAAUGAAGAAAGUCAACAACGCAGAUCAAUAUCAACAAAUGUUCAACAUAAUAUAGAAUCAAAAAAAACAUCUUCAAAAAAUCAUCAAAUUGAUAUUCCAUUAAACAUGUCUGCAAUUCCUUUACAACAAUUAUCAAAAAUAAAUUCAUCUCAACCUUUUCUUGCUGAAAUAAAAAAUUCUUCAUCAAUUAAUAAAUAUUUGACCGAACGAAUUGAACCAAAACAUAAUAUUAUUAUACAAGGUCCUGAUAUUCGACGAAUUAUUGUACCAAAACGUCGUGUUCAUUUUUGGUGUUGUCAUUAA